AUGGCGAUACUGGAUUAUCUCGAAUUCAUCAUAGGCAGGAUUCUGUACCCGAUUCGCGGUCAUGAUUCGCGCCAGGUCCUCCAUUGCCCCGCCUUGAAGGGCCUUCCUGAGCCAAACAUGACUCUUGAGGCCCCUGAUAUCGGCCCCUCUGGCUCCAAGUUACCGAUUUAUUGUACUUGCAACGCCGACGAUGGAAGGGGCCGUCUUCCCGAGCUGCACUGGACGGUUCCAGACUGUCACGAGCAAGUCAUAGAGUACGUACUUCUCUGUGAAGACCUUGAUCCACCGAUCCCGUUCCUCGUUUUUCACCACGGCCUCAUCUGGGCUAUUCCUGCCUCCAUCACGAGAAUCCAGUCCAGUGAUGUCCAGCCCGACGAACACGCCAAGAGUUCUCGCCUGACUGUUUCUGGAUGGCGGUUCGUUCCCAACCUGCUCGGGGUGCCGUAUGUAGGUGCUGGGGCGCCCCUCGGUCACGGCAAGCAUCGUUAUGUCUUCACCAUUGUAGCGCUCAAUGAGUCGCUGAAAUUCACGGCCCCCGAGAAGGCAACCAAGAACGAUAUCAAACGUGCUAUGGCGGGCAAGGUCGUCGGCUGGGGGCAGUGGACUGGGGUCUUCGAAAAGCCCUGGCCUCUCUGA